AUGCCUAAACGGCCCAGAACGAUGGGCUCAGCCGCGGAGCAUGCACCUGACGAGGCGAACGAGGACAGGCGUAAAAGGUUGCGCAUGGCGUUAGCCGUGGAGGAGGCCGUGGAGAAAGCGACUGGUCUAAUGAAUGAGGUCACACGCAAAAGAUUUCGCGCCAAGUUACUCGAAUAUUACAAACAGGAAGCGGCAAAGACGAGGGACAAGGAACAAGGUCAAGAUAAGGUAUCGCUGGAGUCGGCUACUUUGACGAGGAAGGAGAUAUCGGAAACCCUCAAAGGGCUGGUUGUCAUGUUGAACACGCAGAAGAAGCAAGAUCAGUCCGAAACAUCGCCAGAGCCUGAUGGAGUGUCUGAAGAUGUUGACAUGACCGAGGAAACGACAGGUGGUGGUGAUAGCAACAUGGAUCAGUACGAGGACGAGGACGACGAUGACGAGGACGACGAUGACGACGAUGACGACGACGACGGCUACUCCGAUAGGGACAAGAACGAGAACGAGGAAGCAAAUAUCCCUGAGGAUGAGUGCAUAUCCUCACCGUGGAGCGUUGGCGAUCCCUCAACCCCAAAAGACCUGUUCCUGGAGGAUUCGCCGCAAGUGGACUUGAUGGGUCCCUUUCUUAACGAGCACAACAACCGCAACCGUGCCGAUCGAGCUGUCGACCCCUUCCUCAGAGAUCCCAUAAUCCAGUCGCUCAGAAGCGAAGCCGACUAUGAGAACUACCACAAGCGACCGCGCAUCAACUUCAACCAUUAUGGAUGGAGGGCAUGA